UCGUCUGCCUCUGCUCUGGUCUGUGUUUGUCCGACAGGAAAGAGUUUCACUCUGACCAUCACAGUGUUCACCAACCCUCCUCAGGUGGCCACGUACCAGAGAGCCAUUAAGAUAACAGUGGACGGACCCAGAGAGCCGAGGCGUCAUCGUCAGAAGAUGGAUGAGGUCAAGCCUGGUUCUCUGGCGUUCUCCGAGCGGCUGACGGAGCUGGAACAGCUGAGGCGGAGCUCCAUGAGGGUGACGCCCCCUCACCACCACCACCACCACCACCAACCCUCCGCCAACACUCGCCAAUCCGCAGGGUUGAACUCCGCCACGUUCUCCACGCCGACACACGCCCAGAUCACCGCUGACUCCAGGCAGAUGCAGUCCUCUCCGUCGUGGUCCUACGACCAAUCAUAUCCCUACCUUGGCCAGAUAACCACGCCCACCGUCCACACGGCCAAUCCCCUCUCACCCAGUCGCUCUUCGCUCGACCUCUCGUCUCGACUCACCGGUCCUGACCUCACGGCCUUCGGUGACCCCAGGAUGACCUUGGAACGACCUUUCACCUCUCUUCCGUCUCUACCCGACUCCCGGUUCUCAGAUCCGCGGGUCCACUACCCCCCCACGGCCGCCGCCUUCACCUACACCCCCUCCCACAACCCGGUGUCCAACGGCGCUCUGGGAAUCACCAUGGCAACAGCAAUGGCCACCACCCCGGCGGGAAGGUACCACACGUACCUGCCCCCGCCCUACCCGGCCAACGCCCCCCACCAGGCCCAGAACGGACCCUUCCAGUCCACCUCGUCCCCCUACCACCUGUACUACUCCACCGCCGCCGGCUCCUACCAGUUUUCUAUGAUGACCGGAGGAGGAGGCGGGGCCGGCGGCGGCGGUGACUCGCGCUCCCCGCCCAGGAUCCUCCCGCCGUGCACCAACGCCUCCACAGGCUCCUCCCUCCUGCACCCGUCUUUGCCCAAUCAGAACGAAGGCGUGGGCGUGGAGGUGGAGUCCAGCCACAGUAGCUCGCCAACAAACAUGGCGAGCGCCGAAGCCGUCUGGAGACCGUACUGAGCACGAGCGAACCCUGAAGUAUGCACGGGGGGGG